AAGAAAGAUUCCUCAAAAAUCAGCCAUGAAAGUAAUGAAGAAAGGUAAAGUGCACCCAACUCAUUCUCUUCCACCAUCUUCUUCUUCUUCGAAUGGAGAUGACUCUCUUUCUGUCUUUAAGCUCCUCCCGAGUGCGAUUCUGGUUCUGGUGUCGGUUCUCUCGGCCGAAGAUCGGGAAGUUCUUGCUUACUUAAUCACCAGGUCACUCAACACCACCACCGUCGUACUCGUAUCAAGCAAGAAGAAGAGAAGUCAUGAUAAAGUUCCUCUUUUUGACUGUGGAUGUUUCGAUUGCUACACAAGUUACUGGUCUAAAUGGGAUUCUUCGUCUAACCGUGAGCUCAUCAACCAGAUCAUAGAGACCUUCGAAGAUCAUCUCACUAGCGACGAGAACUCUGCCUCCCACAAAUCCAAGAAAAACAAGAGCAGAGCAAAGAAGACAGAGAUAUCGGAAGAACCCAUCGCUAAAACCACAGAACCACCGGUGGCUUCCGAUGAAUUCCCACGUGAGAACUCACCGGGCGUCGUGAGUGGUCACAGCAAGGGUUUGGCGAGGAAGGUGUUACCGGACGUGUUGGGUUUAUUCAAUUCGCGUUUUUGGAGCCUUUGGAAUCUCAACGCUUAAGAGGCAAUAAGGCAUCAUCGCUCUA